AUGAGCUUCUCCAAAGUUAGAUCGGGUCCUGAAGAAAUCUGUCUUCCAAUUACGGAUAAAGAUAAACAGCUUUUUCAGGAAUUAAUAACAGACCAGAAGGAGAUGAUUGAUAUUGUAAUAAAUGAGUAUCGAUUUUUACUUCAUCACGGACAUAACUAUAAGGGUGGAAAAUUAAUAUAUAUAAUAAAGGUUUUAGCCCACAUCGAAAAAUGUUUCAAAGAUCUUUCACUCGCACCAGUUAUUAUA